AUGGACGUACCGUGGGAAGUACAAGUGCAGGCGAGUCCUGGAGUAGCUGGCGGCGCUGCCCUUUUGACUUGCAUUACACCUCGACCUGUCAGAAACUACGUCAGUGUCACUCGAUGGUUCAAGGACGGUUCUGUUCUUGCGCCUAUGGCUUCUGAUUCAGGUCACCAUAUCAUCGGUGGCAGUCGUGGUGACAUGUUGCUGAUACGUAAUGCAAGACCUGAAGAUAGCAGUUCCUACUCUUGUGAGGCGCAGCAUCAGCUCACGGGAGAGAAGAGGCGAAGUGCACAGGCUAUGAUUGCUGUUUCACAUGGAUCUGGUAGUAUGGCUCCUCGAAUACUGACAAUAUCAGAAGACGAGACGGUACCGCAAGGCGGCGAUAUCCGAUUAGUGUGUUGCGCUAUUGGCAGUCCAACACCCACCUAUAGUUGGUUCCGUCACAGCAACGGCAGAUUGAGUCCAGUAUCCAACAACAUUAGAAUAUCUGUGUCAGAACAAGUCCUUAUCAUCAGACGCGCACAGGUGUCUGAUGGUGGCAUAUGGUCUUGUCGUGCGCAUAACCAAUAUGGGGAACAGCGACGGGAUACAACUCUACGGAUACGAGCACGUCUUGUGGUUACUGUACAUCCACAGCUGCAGAUAGCAAAUUCGGGCAGUUCAGUGACAUUCAACUGCUCGGUAGAAGGAGGGGACAGUCGAGUGCGAUGGCUACACGAUGGUGUUCCUGUGGGGGGAGGAGAAAGGGUUUUACGUGUGCAUGGUGUUGUACGUGCACAUCGUGGGAUGUACCAAUGCUUUGCGGAGAGAGAAAUGGAUAGUGCGCAAGCGGCGGCUGAGUUACGGCUUGGAGACACAGCCCCAGAACUACACUAUACGUUCAUAGAACAGGCUUUACACCCUGGACCAGCAGUAGCCUUACAUUGUUCUGCUUCUGGAUCGCCUUCACCUCGCUUUUCCUGGCUGCUGGAUAUGCAGCCUAUUGAAGAACAUAAUACGCCACAAAGGAGUAUUACCCAAUUCCUGAGUCCUAAUGGAGACGUGGUGAGCUACCUUAACCUGACGUCAGUACGGCCUGAAGAUGGCGGGCGGUACACAUGUCGGGCUCACAACUCACGCGGCGCUGUGGAACACUCUACACGGCUCAAUGUCUACGGUCCGCCAUCAAUCCGCAACAUAAGCCCAGUGCGCGUAGUGGCCGGAGUUAACACGACCAUCUAUUGUCCCUAUUCAGGAUUUCCAAUCAGUAUUAUAUCUUACAUAGCAAAAUUUCUUGGGAAUUGA